GGUCCGUUCAUCACUUCAUCUUCUUCAUCAAAAUCCUACAUCUUAUAUUCUUCCCUUUACUGCUAUGGCCAAAACUCUUCCGAACUUUCGUUUUCUCCUCCUUUCUUCCAUUUUUCUGCUCUCUUAUUCAACUCUUGCUACAGCAAAAUCCAACGGUUUUUCAAGAAUCUUAUCUCCGGCGACGCUAGGCCUCAAGAAAGAGAAACUAACCCACCUUCGCUUCUACUUCCACGACAUAGUUAGUGGCCGAAACGCCACCGCUGUUCCAGUCGCUAAAGCAGCCAUGACCAACACCUCCUUAUCGGCAUUUGGACUUGUCACGAUGAUGGAUGACCCCUUGACCCUCGAGCCCCAUCGCAGCUCCAAGCUUAUUGGAAAAGCGCAAGGGAUUUACGCAUCAGCAUCGCAAACCGAACUCAGUUUUUUAAUGGUCUUGAACUUUGCCUUCACCGAAGGGAAAUAUAAUGGGAGCAACCUUAGUGUUUUGGGACGGAAUAGUAUAUUUUCCGGCGUUAGAGAGAUGCCGAUCGUGGGUGGGAGCGGGCUUUUCCGGUUCGCUCGCGGCUACGCUCAGGCGAAGACUCAUGAUCUCGACUUUAAAACCGGGGAUGCAGUGGUGGAGUAUAACGUUUAUGUCUUCCAUUAUUGAGUUGUUUUUUUAAUUAGCUAGUAUUUGUGUAUUUAUUUUUCUCAUAAACUGCUGGUGCUAUGAAUUCAACCCUAAAUGAUCGAUAAUCUUUUAUAAUUUUUUUUUCUA